AUCAACUCAUGGACGUGAAUGAAGCCAUCUGGGCCGCGGGACUGGCUGCCUGCAGUUGGCAGCGUGCAGAAGCUGUCUCGGGGGCGCCAGUGAGCUGAUAUCGGAGCACGGGGUCAGUGAGGGGUCAGCGGGGCAGCACGGCAGCAGCGGGCGGCCUGCGGCGGGCGGCCGGCGCUCCAUCGAUCCCGGCACGGCGGUGAGCUACGGUACUGGGAGCUCCCACAGACUCCCGGCGGCACCCACCCCCUCCGAGCAGCCGUGUCUCGGCGCAGCCGGCGCCGCGGGGGGCAACUGACCGACCUGGCCGAGUGGCCGCUGACGCAGACAAGGUCACCGGCCAGCCGCACGCCCAGCUCCAAUUGGAAUUAGUGGGGGUGAUGAGGGCACGACGCAUUGGUGGCGUGUUGCAAAAUGGCCGCCGGAUCGUGACCGGCCAGGGACGCCUCGGACUAUAUAACGGCAGCGGACGGUCAGUCGAGCAUCAGUUCAUCCCCAGCCUCCCCAGGGUCCACUACAGAACAGAAACAUGAAGGUGUUCGUGGCGACCGUGCUUUUGGCUGCUGCCGUCUGCGGCUCGCCGCAGGGCUACGGAGCUCCCCGGCGGAACGGAGGAGCCGCCUCCCAGAGCUACGGAGCUCCUCAGAGGAACGGAGGAGCCUCCCAGAGCUACGGAGCUCCCCAGCGGAACGGAGGAGCCUCCCAGAGCUACGGAGCUCCCCAGGGCAGCGCCUCCCAGAGCUACGGAGCUCCCCAGGGCAGCGCCUCCCAGAGCUACGGAGCUCCUCAGGGCAGCGCCUCCCAGAGCUACGGAGCUCCUCAGGGCAGCGCCUCCCAGAGCUACGGAGCUCCCCAGAACAGCUACGGCGCCGGCCAGGAGGAGUUCCCGCCGCAGCCGUACUCGUUUGAAUACCAGGUUCAGGAUGACCAGGGUAACGACUACGGCCACAAGGAGGAGUCGGACGGCAGCCGCGUCGAGGGCGAGUACCGCGUGCUGCUGCCCGACUCCCGAGUCCAGACCGUCACCUACUACGUGGAGGGCGACUCUGGUUUCGUGGCUGACGUCCAGUACGAGGGCGAGGCGCAGUUCCCCGAGGACAGCCAGAACGGCCAGUACGGCGCCGCCGCCCCCAAUAACGGCUACGGCGCCCCCAACGGUGGCGCCCGCACCCCCUCCACCGGAUACGGAUUGUAUGGGUCGACCUAUAUAACGGCGGCGGCCGCUCCGCACAGCACCAGUCCACACACAGCCUGCUGUGGAUCGACGCAGCUCACCCUGCACGACCAACGCCAGAAAAACAUGAAGGUGCUGGUGAUUACUCUGUUGGCGGCGGCGGCAGUCUCUGCAGACCGCCCUGGGGGAAGAUCUGGUCUCAGCCAAAGCUACGGAGCUCCCCAGAGGAACGGAGGAGCCGCCUCCCAGAGCUACGGAGCUCCUCAGAGGAACGGAGGAGCCUCCCAGAGCUACGGAGCUCCCCAGGGCAGCAGCCCCUCUCAAAACUACGGAGCUCCCCAAGCUAGCAUCUCCCAGAGCUACGGAGCUCCCCAGGGUAGCGCCUCCCAGAGCUACGGGGCUGCUCAGACUAGCCUCUCCCAGAGCUACGGAGCUCCCCAGGAUAGCGCUUCCCAGAGCUACGGAGCUCGCCUAGCUAGCGCUUCCCAGAGCUACGGAGCACCCCAGGGCAGCGCCUCCCAGAGCUACGGGGCUCCUCAGCGGAACGAAGGAGCCUCCCAGAGCUACGGAGCUCCCCAGGCCAGCAUUUCCCAGAGCUACGGAGCUCCCCAGGGCAGCGCCUCCCAGAGCUACGGAGCUCCUCAGGGCAGCGCCUCCCAGAGCUACGGAGCUCCCCAGAGGAACGGAGGAGCCUCCCAGAACUACGGAACUCCCCAGGGCAGCGCCUCUCAGAGUUACGGAGCUCCCCAGAGGGACGGAGGAGCUUCGCAGAGCUACGGAACUCCCCAGAGCAGCGCCUCUCAGAGCUACGGAGCUCCCCAGAGGAACGGAGGAGCCUCCCAGAGCUACGGAGCUCCCCAGAGGAACGGAGGAGCCUCACAGAGCUACGGAGCUCCCCAGGGUAGCGCCUCCCAGAGCUACGGAGCUCCCCAGGGUAGCGCCUCCCAGAGCUACGGAGCUCCCCAGGGCAGCGCCUCCCAGAGCUACGGAGCUCCUCAGGGCAGCGCGUCCCAGAGCUACGGGGCUCCUCAGACCAGCUACGGCGCCGGCCAGGAGGAAUUCCCGCCGCAGCCAUACUCGUUCGAGUACGAGGUCAAGGACGACCAGGGCAACGACUACGGCCACAAGGAGGAGUCGGACGGCACCCGCGUCGAGGGCGAGUACCGCGUGCUGCUGCCCGACACCCGCGUCCAGACCGUCACCUACUACGUGGAGGGCGACUCUGGUUUCGUGGCUGACGUCCAGUACGAGGGCGAGGCGCAGUUCCCCGAGGACAGCCAGAACGGCCAGUACGGCGCCGCCGCCCCCAACAACGGCUACGGCGCUCUCUUGAGUGGCUCCCGCCGCACUCCCUCUACCGGUUACGGAUUCUAAAAUCCAGGAAAUGAGUAAAGAUAUGUGGCGAGUUUUCCUUCUAGCCUUGUCUGUAAUGAGCCACGCCAUGAGGUACAAAUGCAUUUAAUGUAUUAGUGGGAUACAUGGGCUGCAGGAUUAUAUGUACAGUGUGUUCGUAUUUAUAUGCAUGUAGCAACGUGUAUCUUUUGUCUGUGUCCCUAAUAAAUAUCAACAUCCAGUACCCUUUGCUAUUUUUCAUA